UCGUAGCCGAGUUAACUCUUUUGAUUGCGUUACAAUCACAUGGACUCACCUCUAUUAGCCUCUGACCUUUGGUCUUCACUCGUUCUCCCUGAAGAAUAUCUCGGAAAACAUCUGAAGCUUCUCGGGAACCCUGACAAAGCGGUCAACUCGUCCUUCAAGAUUGCCGAUGCUGCUCAGGUGUUGCAGUUCUCAAAUAACUGGCUAUCAUGAAUAACAUUCAAAUUUCUAUCGACAGACAACAGUAGGCCUUUCAGCACUUGCUGCUGCAUAUCUUCAUUAUCUCCGAACGGGAGUAGAGCAGGAUGUUACUGUUGAUGCCCGACACGCAAUAUUGGAGUUUCGUACGUAUACUCAUUCUCGACCGUCCGACCCACCGAAAAAUACGCAGAGAGCCACGCAUUCUACACCAUCGAUGGCAAGCCUCCUGGUCCGCCAUCUGAUCCUAUAAUGGGUAUUUACAGAACAAAGGGAGACGGAUACGUACGAUUACAUACCAAUUUUCCUCACCAUCGAAAAGGCCUGCUCGACAUUCUCAAGAUUGAAGAUACUCCAGCAGUUACCAGAGACCAAGUCCAAGAGGCAUUACUCCAAUGGACCGCGCUCGAUUUCGAAAACGCGGCUCAGGAGAAAGGCAUAUGUGCCUUCGCUAUGCGAUCGUUCCAGGAAUGGGAUUCUACACCUCAGGCAAAGGCUUUACUGAAUACGCCCCCCUUGUAUAUUCGAAAAAUAGCUGAUGUUCCGGUUCCCGAGAGGAUGACGAGCGACUUCAAGCACCCAUUGGAGGGUAUCAAGGUAUUGGAUCUCAGCAGGGUGUUGGCAGGUCCGGUUGGAGGUCGAAUAUUGGCUGCACACGGCGCUGAUGUUCUCCUUGUUACUUCUCCGAACCUUCCCCCUCUACCUGCAUUGGAUGCGGAUACGUCUAGGGGGAAGAGGACGACGCAGCUCGAUUUAACUAGUAAGGAUGGUUUAGAGAAGCUUAGAGAGUUGGCCGGAGAAGCAGAUGUCUUUCUGCAGGCAUACAGGCCUGGUGCACUUGAGAAUAAGGGGUUUGGGGUGCAAGACAUUGUACAGCUGACCAAAAAUCGCGGGCGAGGCGUUAUCUGUGCGAACCUCUGUGCCUGGGGUUGGGAGGGGCCAUGGAAGGAUAGGAGAGGGUUCGACUCCUUGGUUCAAACUGCGAGUGGUCUCAACAUCGCUGAAGCAGAGGCUUACGCCAAAUAUACUGGAACGGAGGAUAUUCCACUAUCACCUACAGUCGUUCUCAAAAACCUUGCGCCGCGUCUUUCGCGCGUGCGAAAAAUUAAAAAAUUCAAAAAAAUUCAAAAAAAUGCCUGUAAAUUAUUUUAAUUCGCUCUACGUCUCAAUUCACAUCUUUUACUGCUGGGACUGCAUCAGAAUAUCAAGUGCUACAACAUACGUCCAGAAACAAGUCCGGAAAUAAGUCAAAGAAAUGAACAACGCUACUGAAUCCGACCAUGUCAGCGACGACGGUUAUAGACUGACAUUCCUAUAUCAUCCUGAGGAUUUUAUAGAGGAUGGCGGCAAGGAAAAGCUAUUUUUACGGGGCACUCUUCCGCUGAGGUACAACGUGGUAACCACAGCCCCUCGGAAACAUCAAUUCUGGGUUGGGAUUCUGGAAAAUAGGAUUUAGGUCGAUGGCAACAAGGGG